AACUCCAUCCCAUUUAACUUGUGACAAAAUUGUCAUUGUAACCUAAAGUUUCAUGAAUUAGCCUCAUGAAUUCUAUGAGGUUAAUUCAUGUACUUUGGUGUUUCAACCUGUAUGUGACAUGUACAUUUAUUCAAGUUUCAAGUCAUGAAUGUGUGUACCCUGCAAUUUAUAACUUUGGUGACUCAAAUUCAGAUACUGGAACUGCAUAUGCAACUUUCUUAUGUAAUCAACCUCCUAAUGGCAUAAGCUUUGGAAACAUAUCAGGGAGAGCUUCUGAUGGCCGUCUCAUAAUUGAUUAUAUAACUGAAGAACUGAAGGUACCGUAUCUAAGUGCAUAUUUGAACUCAGUUGGAUCAAAUUACAGGUAUGGUGCCAACUUUGCUGCAGGCGGUGCAUCGAUUCGUCCUGGUAGUGGUUUUAGUCCAUUCCAUCUUGGACUUCAAGUAGACCAAUUCAUACAGUUCAAGUCACACACAAGGAUUCUGUUUAAUAACGGGACAGAACCAUCUCUCAAAAGUGGUCUUCCAAGGCCUGAGGACUUCUGUACGGCCCUUUACACAAUUGAUAUUGGACUAAAUGAUCUUGCCUCUGGUUUUCUACACGCUUCAGAAGAACAAGUUCAAAUGUCAUUUCCUGAAAUAUUGGGCCAUUUCUCCAAAGCAGUUAAGCAACUAUACAACGUAGGUGCAAGAGUGUUCUGGAUACACAACGUCGGUCCAGUUGGAUGUUUGCCCUUCAAUUAUUACACUAAUCAGAACAAGAAGGGUAUCCUAGAUGCCAAUGGCUGUGUGGAAUCUCAGAACAAAAUAACUCAGGAAUUGAACAACAAGCUAAAGGACCAAUUGUGUCAACUAAGGAAAGAACUCGUACAUGCCAAAUUUACAUAUGUUGAUAUGUACAAAGCUAAAUAUGAACUAAUCAGCAAUGCAAAGAGCCAAGGAUUUGUGAGUCUAAUAGACUUCUGUUGUGGAAGUUACACCGGUAAUUACGGCGUAAACUGUGGGAUGAAUACAAAUCCAUGUAGAAAUCCUUCUCAACAUAUUAGUUGGGAUGGCAUACACUACUCCCAAAGGGCAAACCAAUUGAUUGCUGAAAAAAUCAUCCAUGGAUCCUUCUCUGAUCCACCAGUUCCAAUUGGGAAUGCAUGUUUCUAAGUUGUAUAAUCCAGUGGGCAUACAUGCUAUUAGAUUGUCACUUAAUAUGAGAUGUUAUACUGGUUAAUUUUCAAGUUAACUCGCCAACAUUUUUAUUGAAUGCAUAGCCACUAUCCGACACUGAUAUGACA